ACACUUCCGCGGCGCCUCCGCCCCGCGCAGCUGCCCAGGGAGGCCAUGGGAGCCAAAGGGCGAGAGCCCAAGAGGAGGGUGGAAGAAGAGAGCAGAGACACUAAUGUUCAAAGAGCCGGGGAAAUUCCCCGGGAGGGGCGGGGCGAGGGCGGGCUCCGGCCGGUCAGCUGAGCGGCUCGGGGCGGGGCCAGGGGCUUCACAACAAACGCCGCUCCGCCGGCACACUGGGUCCUCCCCUGUUCCCUCGCCAGCUCGCGGGUCCCGUGGGCGGUGUUUGUGGUCGGCCCCCACCCCCUGGCCUCCUGGGAUGUAGCCGAGGAAGCUGCGACCCGGCCGAUCUGCACGACUGGCCGCGACCGCGCUGGAGCUGCUACGAUGUCCCGCCAACCAAUGAGUGACACAGCUGAAAAUGGGGAUCGUUCCAAGGGAAGCACAGGAAAUGGACCUCAGAAUUUGGCACAUCCAGACCUGGACACAUUCACUCCAGAGGAGAUGCUGAAACAGAUGAAGGAGCUCCUUAUUGAGAACCACCAGUUAAAAGAGGCUAUGAAGCUAAAUAACCAAACUAUGAAGGGACGGUUUGAAGAGCUUUCAGCCUGGACAGAAAAACAAAAGGAAGAGCGUCAGUGUUUUGAGUUGAAGUUCAAAGAAGUCAAGGAGAGCUUGUUAUCUUUGAGUAAUGAAAAUGAAAAUCUGAGAGCAGAAAUUGAAAACCUUAAAGGGAAAAAGGAAAGGUCUUUUGAGGACAUCACUGGUGACUCCAAGAUUCCCAGGACUGUGACAGACCCAGAAAUGGAGCAACUAAAGACACAAGUUACUCGUCUUCAAGCUGAGAAGGCAGAUUUGCUCGGCAUUGUAUCAGAAUUACAGCUCAAGCUGAACACAGGCUCCUCUGAAGACUCAUUUGUUGAAAUUAGAAUGGCUGAAGGAGAUGAGGCUGGAGCUCUAAAAGAAAUCAAGAAUGGUCCUGGGUUGAUCACACCUGAUCCCAUUGACAAGAACAAAUCUGUGGAUGGGGCAAAGAAUUAUCUGGAAUCUGAGGAAUUAACUGUUAGUCAGCUUCUACUGUGUCUUAGGGAAGGAAAUCAGAAGGUGGAAAGACUUGAAACUGCACUCCGGGCAGCUAAAGACAGACUUGCAGAUUUAGAAAAGAAGUCAAGAGAUCAUUCUGAGAAUGGCACCCAGACUGAGGAGGGCCCUGGAGAAGAAAAAGAAAAGGAUCAAAGCAUAGAGACUGUUGGAAGUGAAGUGGAAACACUGAAAGUCCAGGUAACAGCUUUGUUUAAAGAGCUUCAAGAAGCUCACACUAAACUCAAUGAAGCUGAGCUGAUGAAGAAGAGGCUUCAAGAAAAGUGUCAGGCCCUUGAAAGGAAAAAUUCUGCAACCCCAUCAGAGUUGGAUGAAAAGCAAGAAUUAGUAUAUAUCAACAAAAAGUUAGAGCUACAAGUGGAGAGUAUGCGGUCAGAAAUCAAAAUGGAACAAGCCAAAACAGAGGAUGAAAAGUCCAAAUUUGCCAUUUUACAGACUACACACAACAAGCUUCUUCUUGAACAUAAUAAUGCACUGAAAAGAAUUGAAGAACUAAAAAGAAAAGAGGCAGAAAAAGUGGAUAGCUCAGUGAUGAAGGAACUAAAUGAAAAGCUUGAUUUAGCAGAGAGAGCCCUGGCUUCCAAGCAAUUACAAAUGGACGAGAUGAAGCAGACUAUUGCUAAGCAAGAGGAAGACCUGGAGACCAUGACUGUCCUCCGGGCUCAGAUGGAGGUAUAUUGUUCUGACUUCCAUGCUGAGAGAGCAGCAAGAGAGAAGAUUCAUGAAGAAAAGGAACAACUGGCAUUGCAGCUGGCAUUUUUGUUGAAAGAAAACAAUGUUUUUGAAGAUGGGAGCAGACAGUCUUUGAUGGAACUACAAAGUCGUCAUGGGGCCAGAUCAACAAAUGAGCAAGACCAGCAACCCUACCUUGUUCAGAGAGGAGCUGAUGAUAGAAGCUGGCAGCAGCAACAGCAGCAGCAGCAAAGGAAUAUUCCAAUCCAUUCAUGCCCCAAGUGUGGAGAAAUUCUGCCAGACAUAGAUACAUUGCAGAUUCAUGUUAUGGACUGCAUUAUAUAAAUGUUGAUGUUCCACCUCAAAACAAAACAAAAAAACACCCUUUCUGGUAAAUGUUGACUUUAUCCUCUAAGAGCUGUACCUUUGUGUGUUUUUCCUCAAAUAUUUUGGCCCAUUACAUUUGUUUUAGAAGAAAGAAAAACUUCUCUGUGUUAAAUAAGUCACUGAUUGUCCAUAAAGGACUUCAUUUAAAUGAGCUUCAUUUUUUUGUGUUCAGUUUAUGCCAGUUUUGCACCAUAAUAUCUGGAUAGAUUAAUGUAAUCAGAAGAUAAACUUCACUGAUCAAUUUAAAGCACUGUAAGUGGGCAGAAAAGAUGAAGUGAUUACAGGUUUAAUCAAGAAACAGACUUCUGUCUUUGAAGAAUUCUAACAAACUGUAUGAUUCUUUUUAUUCAUCACCCAUUUAAAAUGAAUCCUGUUGGAUUUUUUUUUUGCAUUAUAGUUUAUUUACUGUAGCUAGUGUAAGCAUACUAGAUUUUUUGUAUGCUUUUUAUUUGGGCACCAUGCGCUUUAACUUGACAUAGGGAAAAUGAAAAAUUGUGGGCAUAUGUGAAGUAGGUAAGUGUGAGGUUCACAGUGUAAAGAAGUUAACUUUGUUUUUUAGUUAUUAAGUACAAGUAGGUUUGUACAGUGGAUGCCUAUUCACUUGUUGACAAGAGAACAGAUGUUUAUCAUUUUCUUUUAAAUGAUCAAGUUACAUCUUAAGAGUCAUAAAAAACAAAAUGAUUGCAAAAUAAAACUGCUUAUAAAUAUUUUAGGUUUUUCUUAUAUGUAUAUUGACUAAUUUCUUAACAUGCAUUUUUUUCUGUAUUAAAUUAUAUACAUAUAACUA